AUGGAGCUCGGCUCAACGGUCAGUGCAGUGAGGAGUAGCAGGGUGCUGGUCGGUGACGAAGUCUGUCCUGCUGUCAUCGUAAUAAAGGAUGGCAAAAUCCACCAGAUACUCUCAGAUGGAGCCUUUUCUGGGGAUGUUGCCUGUGAGGUGUUGGAUGUGGGUGACAGUGUGGUGAUGCCAGGCAUUGUGGAUUGCCAUGUACAUGUGAAUGAACCAGGCCGCACCUCCUGGGAGGGUUUCUGGACCGCCACCAGGGCCGCCGCCGCUGGAGGGGUGACGACAAUUGUGGACAUGCCGCUAAAUAGCAUCCCUCCAACCACCACCCUCGCUAAUUUUCACGAGAAGCUGCGGGAGGCGACGGGGAAGUGUUUUGUGGACACAGCCUUCUGGGGAGGUGUGAUCCCUGGCAAUCAGCUGGAACUUCGGCCCAUGAUCCAGGCUGGAGUGGCUGGCUUCAAGUGUUUCCUCAUCCACAGCGGGGUGGAGGAGUUCCCCCAUGUGACUGACUGUGACCUGCACACAGCCAUGAAGCAGCUGCAGAGCACAGGAAGCGUCCUGCUGUUUCAUGCAGAGAGGGAUGUUCAGCAGACAGCGGAGGAGAAUGGCGACCCAAGUCUGUACUCCACCUUUCUGCAGUCCAGGCCAGAUGUCAUGGAGACAGAGGCGAUUCGCACCGUCACAGAGCUCUGCCUCCAGUACCAGGUGCGCUGCCAUAUAGUUCACUUGUCCUCUGCAAAGCCGCUGAAACUGAUCCAGGAAGCACGGCAGGCCGGAGCCCCCUUGACUGUGGAGACCACUCACCACUACCUCAGCCUGUGCGCAGAGAACAUACCUGCAGGGGCCACGCAAUUCAAGUGCUGCCCCCCCAUCAGAGGAUCUAUCAACCAGGAGCAGUUAUGGUCUGCGCUGAAGGCCGGGCAGAUUGACAUGGUGGUGUCCGAUCACUCCCCCUGCACCCCUGAUCUGAAGAAACUGGACAGUGGAGACUUCACUCAGGCUUGGGGAGGAAUUUCUUCUCUACAAUUUGGUUUGCCUCUGUUCUGGAGUUCAGCCAGUGAGAGAGGCUUUCAGCUGCCAGAUGUGGUGAGACUCCUCAGCCGGAAAACAGCCCAGCUGUGUCGUCUUGACGGCCAGAAGGGCAGCCUCGCCCCCGGCUAUGAUGCUGACCUGGUCAUAUGGGACCCAGAGAGGGAGUUUGAAAUAAAAGAAGCAAGCGUACAUCAUAAGAACAAGCUGACUCCUUACCUGGGCGUCACACUGAAAGGUGUGGUGUGUGCCACCGUCGUCAGGGGCCGGCUGGUGUACAGAGACGGCUCCUUCAGCCCGGAGCCUCUGGGGAAGCAUCUGCUCAUCCCCGAGAGGAAGAAUCAAGCCCAACUAUGAAGCACAACAACAACA